GUGUUUUCGCUUGGUUCAUAUAUGAAUUUUCUCGGCGAGAGAUCUCGGUCCGACAAUUUAGAGACAGAAAAUUCAUUCACCAGUAGCGAGUCGUGCAUUCUGAGGAACGGCUUUCCGGUCGGAAGAAAAAUCAACAUCAGCAAGCAGAUUAGGAAAUUUUCCACUUAUACAUUGGAGAGCAGAAUGCCAAACAUAAAAAUCUUCUGUGGAACCUCCCAUGGGGAAUUGGCUCACAAGAUCUGCGACAGAUUGGGCAUUGAAUUAGGCAAAGUUACAUCAAAAAAAUUCAGCAAUCAAGAAACAUGUGUUGAAAUUGGGGAAUCGGUUAGAGGGGAAGAUGUGUUCAUCGUGCAAAGUGGUUGUGGGGAAAUCAACGACAUGAUCAUGGAACUACUCAUCAUGAUCAAUGCCUGCAAGAUUGCGUCUGCUUCACGAGUCACUGCAGUCAUCCCAUGCUUUCCUUAUGCUAGGCAGGAUAAGAAGGAUAAGAGUCGUGCACCAAUUUCAGCAAAGCUGAUAGCUAACAUGUUGUCGACAGCCGGUGCAGACCACAUCAUCACGAUGGAUUUGCAUGCCUCGCAAAUACAGGGUUUCUUUGACAUACCCGUGGACAACUUGUACGCUGAACCGGCAGUCCUGAAGUGGAUUAGGGAAAAUAUUCCCGAGUGGAGAAACAGCAUCAUCGUGUCCCCGGAUGCUGGUGGAGCUAAAAGAGUCACCUCAAUUGCUGACAAGUUGAAUGUUGACUUUGCACUCAUCCACAAAGAACGAAAGAAGGCUAAUGAGGUUGCAUCCAUGGUUCUCGUUGGAGAUGCCAAGAAUAAGGUUGCCAUAUUAGUUGAUGACAUGGCAGACACCUGUGGUACCAUUUGCAAGGCAGCCGAAAAAUUAUUUGAAGCUGGUGCCUUGAAAGUGUAUGCCAUCUGUACGCACGGAAUUUUAUCAGGUCAAGCUCUGACUCACAUUAACAACUCUCAUUUUGAGUGUGUGGUUGUCACCAACACCAUACCGCAAGAAACAAAUCAGAACAAUUGCAGCAAAUUGCAGGUGAUAGACAUUUCAAUGAUCUUAGCCGAGGCCAUUAGGCGCACCCACAACGGUGAAUCAAUCUCAUACCUGUUUGGACAUGUACCUCUCUAGUUUCUCGUCAAACGAUUAUUAUUAUCAUCGUAAUAUUAUUAUUAUCAUCAUAAUAUUAUUAUUAUCGUAAUGUUAUUAUUAAUAAUUGUUAUCUUUGAUUUCAGUACUAAUGUUACUAAAAUUGCUAUAGGCUAUGUCUUAUCUUUUAUGUCAACUCAUUUUAUUAUGUCCUUAUAUUUUAUAUUGAUAUAAUUAUAAUAAUAAAAAUUAUUAUUAUUAAAUUAUUAUUAUUAUUACCACUUUAAAUAUUUUCAGUAUUAUUAUUACUAUUACUAAUGUUACUAAUGACUAUUAAAGUUAUUUUUGGUUAUAUUUCUAUAUUUUUUUAUUGCUGUUGAUACGUUGUAUAACUUUGCUGUGUUUGCUU